CCUGCGCGCUCACGCUCCCCACCGCCCGCCUAGGCGCAGGCAGGGCGCAGGCGGCGGCGGGCGGCAUGGAGAGCCUGCUGGAGAACCCGGUGCGCGCCGUGCUCUACCUCAAGGAGCUCACGGCCAUCGUGCAGAACCAGCAAAGCCUCAUCCAUACCCAGCGCCAGCGCAUCGAUGAGCUGGAGCGGCGUCUAGACGAGCUGAGCGCGGAGAACCGCAGCCUGUGGGAACACCAGCAGCUGCUGCAAGCCCAGCCUCCGCCUGGGCUGGUUCCCCCGCCACCGUCUGCCCCACUGCCUGCUCCUGCAGUCACUGCUCCGGCCGCCGCUGCGGCCCAGGAACCGCUUCAGGACCACGGACAGCUCAUAUCCGCCCCACCGGAGCCGCCGCUUCAGCACCACGGACAGCUCCUGGUGCAGCCCCAGCCGGCGCCCAGCAGCAGGGUUCAGACUCCCCAGUCGCCCCACCAGCACUCGGUGGCACCCGGGGCCUUAGCUGACAAGGAGAAGGAGCGUCCCUCGAGUUGUUGUGCUGCCACGGGAGCCCUGCUUCAACACGCAUCCCCCGCCACCCUCGGCAAGGGCGUCCUGAGCAGGAGACCCGAGAGUGAGACUGUGCUACACCAAUUCUGCUGCCCCGCUGCUGACACCGAGCAGAAGCCUGCCUGCUCUGACCUGGCUUCCCAAAGUGAUGGCUCCUGUGCCCAGGCCGGUGGGGGCAUGGAGGACUCCGUGGUGGCAGCGGUGGCAGCCGGCAGACCCAGUGCCCAUGCCCCGAAGGCUCAAGCCCCGGAGCUACAGCAGGAGGAGGAGCGGCCAGGGGCAGUGGGCUCCCCACGGGCUGGCCCCCUCCGCGCGGCCUCUCCUGGCCGGCAGCAGCCUGCCCUGGCGACGGCGCUCUGCUCCCACACUCCUGCUGCCUCCGAGUACGAACUCUCCCUUGACCUAAAGAAUAAACAGAUUGAAAUGCUAGAACACAAAUACGGGGGCCACCUGGUAUCCCGACGCGCUGCGUGCACCAUCCAAACCGCUUUUCGCCAGUACCAGCUCAGCAAGAACUUUGAGAAGAUCCGUAACUCGCUCCUGGAGAGCCGCCUGCCUCGGCGGAUCUCACUGCGCAAGGUGAGGGCUCCCACAGCUGAGAGCCUGGUGGCAGAGAAGGCGCUCCUGGAGGGCUGUGGGCUCCUUGGGCUCCCGCUGGGGCGCUCGCCCUCGCUGCCCCCCACCUUCGCUGGCUCGCUCACUGAGCUGGAGGACUCCUUUACCGAGCAGGUGCAGUCCCUGGCCAAGUCCAUCGACGACGCCCUCAGCACCUGGAGCCUCAAGACCAUGUGCUCGCUGCAGGAGAGUGGCGCGUACCAGCUCCACCAGGCGCUGCACCCGAGUGCGGGACAGCCAGGCCUGGAGACCGAGGCGGCGGCGCGGGAGCCAGAGAGCGGCCCCGGGUCUGGAGAUGAGGCCGGUGGUCUGCCUCAGGGUCACAGCGGUACCCUCAUGAUGGCUUUCCGGGACGUUACGGUGCAGAUCGCUAACCAGAACAUCUCUGUUUCCUCCUCUACCGCUCUGUCUGUGGCCAACUGUCUGGGCGCACAGACCGCCCAGGCCACAGCAGAGCCUGCGGCCUCCCAAACCGAACAAGGGGACACUGCAGCUCAGGAGGUCUCGGAAGUCUCGGUCUCGGAAGUCCCAGCCUCGGAACAGAUGAACCCACCCAGUGAGGACUCAGAGGCAGCGGAGAGCCGCGCCCAGAGCGCACAGGAACCCGCGGUGGACGAGGCCGUGGUGGAGGAGGUGGUAGCUACAGAGGCAGAGGAGGAAGAGGCCAAGCAAGCAGGGAAAGGGGCGGAGGCCGAGGGAGGCGACAACUCUGAGCAGCUAAGCAGCAGCAGCGCUUCCACCAAGUCCGCCAAAUCUGGCUCAGAGGUUUCUGCCGCUGCCUCCAAGGAGGCCCUGCAGGCGGUGAUCCUGAGUUUGCCCCGCUACCACUGCGAGAACCCAGCCAGCUGCAGGUCCCCCACGCUCUCCACUGACACCCUGCGCAAGCGGCUGUACCGCAUCGGCCUCAACCUCUUCAACAUAAAUCCGGACAAGGGCAUCCAGUUCCUGAUCUCACGUGGCUUCAUCCCUGACACCCCCAUCGGUGUGGCCCACUUCCUCCUCCAGCGGAAAGGCCUCAGCCGCCAGAUGAUAGGAGAAUUCCUGGGCAACAGCAAGAAACAGUUCAACCGUGACGUGCUGGACUGUGUGGUAGAUGAGAUGGACUUCUCCAACAUGGAGCUGGAUGAAGCCCUGAGGAAGUUUCAAGCCCACAUCCGCGUGCAGGGGGAAGCCCAGAAGGUGGAGCGACUCAUAGAAGCUUUCAGCCAGCGCUACUGCAUGUGCAAUCCUGAGGUGGUGCAACAGUUCCACAACCCAGACACCAUCUUCAUCCUGGCCUUUGCCAUCAUCCUUCUCAACACCGACAUGUACAGCCCCAACAUCAAGCCCGACCGGAAGAUGAUGCUAGAAGACUUUAUCCGGAACCUCCGAGGUGUGGAUGAUGGUGCAGACAUCCCCAGAGAACUGGUGGUAGGCAUCUAUGAGAGGAUCCAGCAAAAGGAGCUCAAAUCCAAUGAGGACCACGUCACCUAUGUCACCAAGGUGGAGAAGUCCAUUGUGGGCAUGAAGACGGUGCUGUCCAUGCCACACCGCCGCCUGGUCUGCUGUAGCCGGCUCUUCGAGGUGACCGAUGUGAACAAGCUACAGAAGCAAGCAGCGCACCAGCGAGAAGUGUUCCUCUUCAAUGAUCUGCUGGUGAUCCUCAAGCUAUGCCCAAAGAAGAAGAGCUCCUUCACAUACACCUUCUGCAAGGCGGUCGGCCUGUUAGGCAUGCGGUUUCACCUCUUCGAGAACGAAUAUUACUCCCAUGGCAUCACUCUGGCAACCCCACUCUCGGGCUCCGAGAAGAAGCAGGUGCUGCACUUCUGCGCCCUGGGCUCCGACGAGAUGCAGAAGUUCGUGGAAGACCUGAAGGAGUCCAUCGCUGAGGUGACGGAGCUGGAACAGAUCCGGAUAGAAUGGGAACUGGAGAAGCAGCAGGGCACAAAGGCGCUCUCCGUAAGGUCUGCUGGAGCCCAGGGGGACCCACAGUCGAAGCAAGGAUCACCCACAGCCAAGAGGGAGGCGAUGGCAGGAGAGAAAGCGGCGGAGAGCUCGGGGGAGGUGUCAAUUCACAACAGGCUUCAAACGUCCCAGCACAGCCCCAAGGUGGGGGUCGAGAGGGGAGCGCCUGCACCAUCACCACCAACAUCACCACCGCCGUUGCCGCCAGACCCACAGCCUAGCCCCCUGAGGGAGCCGCCCCCACCGCUGCCACUGCCACCACCCACACCCCCAGGCACCCUGGUACAGUGCCAGCAGAUUGUCAAGGUCAUUGUCCUGGACAAACCCUGCUUGGCCCGCAUGGAGCCCCUGCUGAGCCAGGCUCUGUCCUGUUAUGCCUCAUCCUCCUCAGACUCCUGUGGCUCCACACCCUUGCGUGGUCCAGGCUCCCCAGUUAAGGUCAUCCACCAGCCUCCACUGCCCCCACCCCCACCCCCAUACAACCACCCUCAUCAGUUCUGCCCCCCAGGCUCCAUGCUGCUCCGGCGCCGUUACUCCAGCGGCUCCAGGAGCCUGGUGUAGGCUCUCCCCUUGGUGCCCUGAUGUCCCCGUGGGCUGUCCUUUGGGAAUCUGGGCUGCUCCUUGGCACUGCUCGCAUCUAGGUGUAAUGCCUUCCUGGCCACUGGUCACUGUUGUAGAAAGAGAAUGCCCUGGUAAGAUGGUUUGCUUGACCCAACCAUCCUUCACUAACUGAUCUGAGUACCUUGCCACCAAUGUGUACCACCUUCUCACUCUUCUAGGGGUCCCACACAAAUAGAUGGGCCUUCUCCUCUGUGUUCACCAUGCUCCCCUUAUUAGAUUGUAGAUUGAAGCCAAAGGGCCUGUGGGAUGAUGGGCUUGCAAUCUUGGUCUAUCAGUGUCCACGUCUUGGGCCAAGAGCAAAAAGCUGAACCUGCCAGCAGCACACCCCAGGACAGGGGCAGGCUACCCCAGCAUAAGGGGUAUCUAUGACCCAGCAGAAUCAAGGAAAGCUAUCCCUGGCUCCCUGGCAGGACCUAAGCGUAGUAGAAGGGAGCUCUGUCUGCUGCGUCUCUUAUCCAAACCUAUAGUCAGGAAACUGGCUCUUAGCUCCCCAGGGACGUUGACUCCCUGAACCAUGUCUGCUCUCCUGCCUCCCCCAGGCCCAGGAAAGAUCCAAGAAAGAGAAGGGGCCAGGGUAUUCAGUUCUGUCUGGGUGAGUUCAGUGUGGCCCUGCGACGGUGAGGUAUGACUUGGCCUGGAGGCGGGGAUUCCUGGUGGAUGACUCUGCAGCUUCUGUGUACACAGACAAGGGGAAGCCGUGGGGUUCCGGAGUCACUGUGCCAACCCUGUUGCCCUAGCCUUGAAACAGUCCCUUCCUGGGAAAUGAUGCUGGCUUCCAGCAGGGGUGGCUUACAAUUCCUGGACUUGGUAAACUACAGAGCAGAGUGGAGAAGGGAAAACUCAUCAGCUUCCCAGGCCUACCAGCACCAGAGCCAGCACAGGUAGCCCCGGCCCUACAGAGCCCCAGAGACAACAGGGGUGGUGUCACCGGCGGUCACAUUCGUGCUGUUUUCAGGGACACUUUUCACAAGCCAGGCCAGCCUCCUUUGUCCUAGGCCAACAGCUAUUUCUGACCAUCCUCAAGCUGUCCUCCUAUCAGAGCCUGUUUUUAAAGUUUCCCAAGAGGCAAGAGGCACAGUGAACGUGGCCAUGGUUGGAAGUGAAUUAGCUUUUCCUGGUCCCUACUAUACCCCCCAAGAUUCAGUACUCUGAACCAGAUAGGAGGCAU